CACAUUGAACAUUCUAAUACACAACCUCAAAUGUUUACUUAAUUCCUCAGCCUAAACUAGACACCUUAUCCAAACAUUUCCUCCUGUUGAUUCCUUCUGUCCUCCACAACAUCCUGGGUUACUAGAUUUUAGAUAGGAGCUUCUAAUACACAUAACUCAGAUUGAAAGCAGAGUUUCAUUAGCACAAACUUCCCUAUCAUAAUUGUAAUCUACAGUAAAUGAAUGCAAUUAGCCCCACCAGGGUCUCCCCUGAGCCCUCCUCUCCUCUGCCAUAAUCUCUUCUUGUAUAAAAGUAGCACGCUGCAUUCACUGCAAUAGCAGCAGGUCUACAGGGUUGCCCUUUCCAGGACCAUGUCACUGCUUCUCCUUCAGAUGUUAGUGCUGUCAUGUCUUGGAGCCACAGAGCUACAGAGAAAUUCACAGCAAAGGAGAAGCAGAGGGCCAUUUCAGCACUUUCUCAACCUGGACAAAAAUCUGUUUGAAAGUCAAAGUUCUCCUGAGCGGAUAAGUGAGAACCCAGUAGGAAUUGAAGAGACCCUGAAAGUACCAAGCUUUUUUGUAUCAAUUCCACAGACAGCAUCUGGAAGUGAGAAGAAAGAGGAGAAAAAAAUGUCCAGAUUCAUACUUCCCAGUGCAGGACUCCACGCAGACCAAAACCCAAGAACCUGGGUUUCAUCCAGAGAGACCUCUCCUGCGGAAAACCUCUCUCCACCCCAUCAUUCCAGCAAGAAAGAGUCUGAAGUUCCCUACAGAAAAGAUGCCAAGAAAUUCUGGGACCAUUUCAUGUUAAAGAAAAAUUCAGCAUCUGAAGAGGUUGUCCUGCCAAUCAAGACCAAUGAAAUGCACCAAGAAAACUGCAGAGCCCUGCCUUUUGCCCAGGGUGUUACACAUAACAGCUGUGAGAAGGUGACAGUACAGAAUAAUCUGUGUUUUGGAAAAUGUAGUUCUUUCCAUGUUCCUAGUUCAGAAGAUCAUCUUUAUACCUUUUGCUCUCGUUGCUUGCCCAGCAAGUUCUCCAUGAAGCGCGUGGAUCUCAACUGCACUGAUUCUGUUCCAGUGGUCAAAGAAAUCAUGAUUGUAGAAGAGUGUAAAUGUGAAAGUCGGAAGAUUAAAGACCCUGUGGCUGGAUAUCUACUGUCAGACUUGUAUGAAAAUGUACAUGAGCACAAUUAACUUGUGCAAAGUACCUCUUAACUUGAUCAUAAGAAUUUGCCAACAAAAAAAUUCAAACAAGUUGUCAUCACUCUAGUACAAAAAACCAUAAAAAAUAUAGACUUUCUACAUGAUCUCUGUUUCAACAUAACUUUACCUAAAAUGCAACAAAUGUUUCCUUGCAGCUAAGGAAAAUGAGGUGAAAUUACUGGACUUAUGUGUAAAGGUCUUUAACAAAGGAAAACUUUAAAAAUUUUCCAACUUUCCUAUCUGUUUCUAGGAUGUUAGUAAACAAAGACUGAAUUAACAUGAUUUAUCUGUGUAAAACCCAAAUGUUGACUUGUUUUCCUUGCCUUUGCUUGUGAGGAGUGCCAAUAUAGCUCUAUUGGCAACAAAGAUGAGAUCUUAGUACAUUCUCUACAAAAACAGGUCUACUUUUACAGCAAGACAACGGCAGGAGAGUGUAAAACAUAAACGGAUAUGAGGUACAUAGAGAGCUGUGACUGAUCGAUCUCAGUUGGAGUUCACUUUUCAUUGAAAACUAAUAUACCACACAAUUUACACCAAUAAAGGGGUAUUUUACCACAGAAAUCACUUGCUCUCUUUCCCACAUCCCUGCAUUCACUCUGUACCUUUAUUUUUACUUAAAAUGUUAAACUGGAGAAGGAGAAGAAAAAAUAAAAGAUACUAUACUCCUACAGAAAACAUCACAGAUAAACACACUGUUGUUAUUAUUUAAAUUCGCUGUGGAAAGACAAUACACAUUUUCCAGCCCGAUGAAUUUUCACAUUGUCACUGAAUCUAAGAUAAAAUUUAAAUAAUGUUUUCAACUCUUGAACUAAAGUAGAAAAGGCAUUUGUGUGACAGAAAAUCUGCGAAGGACUUUAUCAUUAUAGCAAUACCUUAACAACUUUACAGGAAGAGCUUAGAGAGCCCUGCCAGGAAGCAUUUGAGUCUACUGCUAGGAAACAGAGCACUAGUGAUUAUUAGCUGAACUGCUGGCUUUUGGCUCUCUCCAGCUGCUUCUCCCUGGAUUUCUCUUGCAGACCUGGCACACCAGACAGAGAUCAGCUUCCAGCAGAAGAGUUCAGCGUAUUUGUAUGCCAGUUUUUUCAGUCCUCUGGAAAUCUGCUCUCAGAUCUGAGCCACUGUUGUUAAACUGUCUAAGCUCUUUUUUAGGAAAUCACUAUUGACUUAGAUUACUCAAGGGCUGGGGUAAAUGAUUCCUUGUAUUUGAACUGCAAUGGAAUUAGAAAUAUCUUAAUGUUCUUUCAGAAAACAUGUGCAGCAUGGCUUUGGAAUCCAAGGCCCGUGUUGAAUAUUUACUAAAAAUAGCAUCUGAAUUAUAUUCUGAUAUUGGAUGUGAAGCUGUUUUCUUUUGCAGGUCACUUGCAGCGAACAAACUAAAAAUUAGUAUAUAGAUAGUUACCUUUCAUUACACAUAAACCCGUUUGUAAAUAAUAAAAAUU